AUGGCGGCAAACGUCAACAAUGCCAGCAACGUGCCUUUACCCGACACACCCGACCUGGAACGCCAACCCCUCCUCAACAGCAACCCCAGCGGAGCCUCACCCUACAACACCAACGGCCAUGGAUCCCACAGAUCCCAUAUCCCUUCGACGUUGGGUGGGUCACCCUACGCCCACUUGAAGGGAUCGUGCGACCAUGUGGCGCCGAUUAGCCCGGUCGAGUUUGAGGAGCGUCAGACCAACCUGUCGAGGCUGCUUGUGGAUCUCAAGGCGGGGGCGUAUAUUGCUGAGCCGGGUAUCAAUAUGCAGUACUUUACCGAUAUCAAGUGGUCCCAAUCUGAGAGACCCUUCUUACUUGUUGUCCAAGCCAAGAAGGACAAGACUGGCACUGUGCUGACAAAGACAACGAUUGUCGCCCCCGCAUUCGAGGCAUCGAGGGCCAGACAAAAGUUCCUCCCUGGCACAAGCUAUGCAAUCAAGACCUGGGAGGAAGGUGCAUCCGCCUACAAGGUCGUCCGCGAGAUCAUCGAGACCCCCUGGGCAGGUACCGAGCCUGUCGAAGGCGAGGAGGAUGAUGAUGAAGAAGUCCGCCACAAGAAGCCCAAGGAGAUUGAACACAUCUACAUUGACCCCGACAUGCGCCAGUUUGUCGCCACAGGUCUCGCCAACGCCCUUGACAACUCUGAACGCAAGGUCGAGAUUGCCAACCACAACAUCCAACUCCUCCGCAUGCAGAAAUCCGCCCACGAGAUCGAAAUCCUCCGCUGCGUCUCCCAGACCACCGUCAAUGUCAUCCGUGCCGUCAAGGGCCAGAUCCGUGUCGGUGUCCGUGAGUCUGAAGUACAGGCUAUGAUGACCCAAGCCUACAAGGAGUCUGGGUUGGGCUAUGAGGAUGGUGGCAGUUUGGUCCUCUUUGGUAAAGAUGCCGCCCUGCCCCAUGGUAGCGGUAACGAUACUAGACUGGAGAAGGGUAUGAUGGUCUUGAUCGACAGUGGUGCUCGUCUGCACGGGUACCUUUCCGACAUUACGCGCACCUUCUGGAUCCGUCGUGGAAACUCCAAGGAGAUGAACGAGGAGCUGGACAAGGUCUGGGAGACGGUCAAGAGUGCUCAGAUUGCUGCCUUGGAGGCCGUCAAGCCUGGUGCUGCAUGCAGUUCGAUUGAUAAGGCUGCUCGUGGGUAUAUUUCUGGGCAAGGGUAUGGAGCCUGGUUUACACAUCGAUUGGGUCAUGGGUUGGGCAUGGAGGGACAUGAAGAGCCUUAUUUGAAUAUUGGAAACACUGAUACUGCGCUCAAACCUGGUAUGGUCUUUACCAACGAGCCUGGUAUCUACAUCGAAGGAUCGCAUGGUAUUCGUUUGGAGGAUGUAGUGUUGGUGACUGAGACUGGGUAUGAGAUCCUCAGCGGUAACCUUGCCACAUCCCCGACUGAGCCUUGA